GUUGCGCCUCCCCGUCUUAACUCCCUCCGCUUCCUCGCGCAUUUCAUUCCAUUCCAUACCAUUCCAUUCCAUUCCCCCGAGAAGAUCUUGCCCCGCUCCUCUCCGCUGCGCCGUCCCGAGAUGGCAACCGUGGCCAGGUCCCCGUCGCCGGCCGCGGCCAGGCCCUGCCCCGCCAUGCGGCGGAGCGCCGACUCCAACCCCUUCAAGCCCGCCGAUUGCCCCUCGCAGAGGAGCUCCAGCUCCAAGGGCGGCGGCGGCGGCUGCGGGUGCCACCACGCCUCCUCGCCCUCGCCGCGGCGGAGGUCGCUCUCCUCCUCCUUCGGGGAGAAGGAGAACGAGCCGCGGGACCACGCGGCUCGGACCCCCAAGCCCGCGGCGCGCUCUGGCGGCCCCAAGAACUUCAUGGCGCCCACCAUCUCCGCCGCCUCCAAGGCCGCCUCGCCCAGGAACAGCACCAGCAAGGUGCUCGGGGAGCGCAACCACGACACGCCCCACCUCGCGCCCUUCUCCCCCGCCAACCUCGCGCACAAGCCCAAGCCCGACCCGCGCCGCCUCCGCCUCUCCUUCGACGCCCCUCCCGCUCCCGCCGGAGACGACGACGGCGCGGGGGUGGAGGAUCCCGUGCGCGCGGAGCGCAGUCUGCGGCACUCGUUCGAGGCACCUCCCGCGCCCGCCGCAUGGCACGGCCCGCUCGCUGGAGACGACGACGACGACGCGGGGAUGGAGGAUCCCGUUGGCGUGCGCGUGGGCGUGGGCCACCAGCUCGCGGCGGCCGAUCCGGUGGACGCGGAGCCGUCCCGGGCGGCCCUGUACGACCCCAAGACCAACUACACUUCGCCGCGGCCGCGGUUCCUCCACUACAAGCCCAACCCGCGCGUCGACAUCUACGGGCACAGCCGCGCUGGCGUCAGGCGCCUCGAGGACGGCUUCGCCUCCGCCUCCGCCUCCGCCUCCGAGAGCAGCGACGAAACCGACGCCACUGCCACCACGGAGGACGACCUCACGGAGGAGGAGCAAGAGCAAGCACAGCAGAAUCACCUGCCAGGGGAGCAGCCAGCUCUCGCCGCUCCAUCUGAGGCCGCCGAGGCUCGCGUCCUGGCGCCAGAGCCCGCGCCGGGUUCGCCGCCGCCUCCUCUGCUGCUGUCAUCAUCGGCUCCAGCUGCGGUGACUCCCGAGCCGGCUCGCGUCUCUGCACCGGAGCCGAGGGCGACUCCUCCGCGAGCUCGUGCACUGACGCCGGAGCCGAAGCCUGGGAUGCGAGCUCCAGCGAAGAAGAGGUCCUCGUUGAGGUUCCUGCUUCCCGUCGCUUUCGUUCUGUUCAUGUCUGCUGCUUCCGUGUGCGUGCUGCUGCAACCAGAUUCUCCGAUCAUGUCAAACACCGCCUUGUCGAGGGCGGCGUCCAGCUUUCUUUCAGUUCAAGAAUCACACCCUGUGGAGUUGGCUGCUUGGCUCAAGCAAUGAGGAACAAGGAUGAUGAGGCGAUGACACCGGUCCGACGCUCCAGCAGGCUGCGGAGUGUCAAGUCACCCGAGGCCGAGUCUAGUUAGUUAGUGCUCUGACUAACUACCAUUCAGGGCACCUAACUCGUCGUAGCUGCUGCUUGCCCAGUUCCACGCACCUUGUUAGACAGACACAGCUUUCUGCUGUCAUUUUCUGCAAAAUUGAUUGGUAACUAGUAGUAGGAUUUAUGUUUGUGGUUUGAGAUUGCUUAGAUCUGCAUAAGUGAUUGUGGACAAUUCCCUUGUAUUGCUUCUCUGAUUGAGAUGAAUAUUCUUAUCAAACUCUGCUGGUGUUGUGUUUCA